UUUUAAUAUUUUUUAAUAUUGCAUUUUAGCUUUGUGUAAGCCACAGUGCAUGAAUGGAGGCGUCUGUGUUGCUCCCAAUACUUGCAGCUGCAAAUCUGGUUAUGUUGGAAAAUCUUGCCAUAAGGCUAUCUGCCAACAAGGAUGCAAGAAUGGUGGAGAAUGUGUUGCCCCGAACAAGUGUGCUUGCAGAUCUGGAUUUACUGGAAAAGACUGUAGUAAACCAUACUGUGAACCUGCUUGUGAAAAUGGGGGCGAAUGUGUAAAGCCUUAUUUUUGUCAUUGCCCAUCUGGGACGAAAGGAGCUUUCUGCGAAAAACUGAUGUGUAAACCUGAUUGUCAAAAUGGCGGAAUCUGCGUCGGCCCAGGAAAAUGUGCAUGCCUACGAGGAUAUUCUGGUCUUUCCUGCGAACAAGCCUAUUGUGCUGGUGGAUGCUUUAACGGAGGCAAAUGCAAUAAAUCUGGGAAGUGUAUUUGCUCUCUUGGAUACAUUGGAACAAGAUGUGAAAAAAAAAAACCUUGUAAGUUUGUUGAAAUAAAGGAGCCCUUCAAAAGAGGAUACAAACAAAAAGUGACCACACAAGUUAAGGUUCCUUGUGGAGCUUGGGGAUGGAAACUGUGCACCAAAACAAAAGUUCAUUACGAGAUGGUUUAUAAGACAUUUUAUAGGACAUCCUACGAGUGCGAGGGAUUCCAGAAGAGCAAGUAUUCGGAAUACAAGAAAGAGUGAUUCUCAUUAUGUAAAAAAAAAACAUUUCACAGUAUCUGACUUAGCUGUUCAUCGCACACUGUCUCUUCCCAAUUCAAUAAAUAUCUGUUUUUCUGUGUC